UAUUGUGAUCCGCGAGCGCAGAAGUAAACAUUGACCGGCUGACAGCGCGAGUCGCAGCACACCGUCAACAAAUUCGUCAAUCAUUUUUUCUCGCUAGUUUUAAUCCAGCAAACUUAUUCAAAUACUCUGAAAAGUGCUGAAUAUUCACUUUGGUGCAUAAUCCGGAUUUGUCUUUGAUUUCUUAUCGGAGUGUACGCUGUAUAAGUAAAAGUAAAAAGUAACUGAUGCCAAAGUCAAAUACAUAAACUUAAAAAUGUUUGUAAUAAAAUAAAGUUGUGCGAGUUAACCUGACAAUAAGCAAGUUUCACUCAUGAUUCUAGAACGGAAAAACGAGCACAAAUGAAUUUUAUCUAUCACACGUCAUUGGGAUGCGCGCACCUUGUGUGACCUUGAUUAACUUUCGUAACUUUUGCGCUUCUGUGUGAAACUUUAUUGUGUUACGUGAAUAAUUUGUGAUAUUUAAAUAAGAUGGGUGUCUUUAAUGAAGAUGUUGAGAAAGUCAAAUACCCUAAAUCGGUAUUUUUCAUCGUCAGUAAUGAGUUUUGCGAGCGUUUCAGUUACUAUGGAAUGCGAACAAUUCUUAGUAUUUACCUCACCGACAUGCUAUUAUUUUCCGAGGCUGAUGCAAAAAUUAUCUACCACACAUUUACCAUGUUGGUGUACUUCUUCCCUGUCUUCGGCGCCAUGUUGGCUGACAGCUACCUUGGCAAAUUCAGAACGAUUUUCUACGUAUCCAUUAUUUACGCGUGUGGCAAUGUCAUCCUCGCGCUUGCAGCUACGGAACCGAUAGGAUUGCCUCAAACAGAAUUUUCCAUGAUAGGACUGGUACUUAUUGCCCUUGGCACCGGCGGCAUUAAACCGUGCGUGUCGGCCUUCGGAGGUGAUCAAUUCACCCUUCCGCAACAGGCCAAACAACUCGCUGCGUUUUUCUCAAUGUUCUACUUUGCGAUCAACUCAGGAAGUUUUGUAUCUACCUUCUUGACUCCUGUCCUCCGAGAACAGGAGUGUUUUGGAAGUUCACAGUGUUUUACACUUGCGUUUGGCGUACCCGGUGUGCUCAUGAUUAUUUCCAUUAUUAUUUUCGGCCUUGGAAAACCAUUGUACAAAAUCAAAGAUCCAGAAGGCAACAUGGUGAUUCAAGUCAGCAAAUGUAUUGGAAACGCAAUCAGUGAGAAAUCAAAAUCGCAAGAGAAGAAAGAACAUUGGUUAGACCACGCAAUUCCUGAAUAUGGAGAAUCCUUGGUUCAAGAUGUUAAAGCAUUAUUACGAGUAUUGGUUUUAUAUAUUCCAUUGCCUGUGUUUUGGGCAUUGUUUGAUCAGCAAGGCACUGGCUGGACUUUCAUGGCGCGACGAAUGGAUGGAGACGUCGGAUUCUACACCAUUUUACCCGAUCAAGUUCAAGUUGUAAACCCUAUUCUGAUUUUGAUUUUUAUUCCACUUUUCGACAUGGCGGUUUACCCUCUGUUAACCAAAUUGAAAAUUCUGAGAACACCUCUGCAACGAUUGACUGCAGGCGGUAUAUUAGCAUCAGUAGCAUUUUUGAUCUCUGCCUGCAUUUGUAUUGCCAUUGAAGCCGAUGCCCCAAUAUUACCAGAGGCAGGCGAGGGACAAAUCACAUUUUACAACUUUGCUGAUGAACUACAAUUAACCAGUGUGUCCGACAACAGCUUCAAUAUGACAGUUCCUAAAAUGGGAUAUGUUCAAUUGGACAAAAGUGUUACUGGAAGUGAACCUACAUUAUUCUUAGUUGGCGAUGAGCAAUUUGAGUUUACCUUCAAAGAAGAGACUACCGUCGGAUACUAUAUUUCAAAAGACAAUAAAGCAGUAUCAUUCACAGAUUCACUUGCUAAGAACGAGGCAGGUUUACCAUCCGUCCGAACAGUGAUUAGAAGUAAAGAUAAUAAGGAGUAUUCGGUAACAUACAUUAUGGAUGACACUAAGGAGAAAGUGGAAGACAUAGAUAAAGCAUUAGAAUUGAAACACCCGGGCAACUAUAAAGCAAAAAUUGGCUCAUUCGAGUCAGAUGAAAUGGAAUUCAAACUUGGAGGUGUUUAUACUGUCCUUGUUGAUGUAAUCUCAGAUACAGAAAUGUAUGUUGAAUCCAAUAUGAUUACCCCAUACAACAGUAUCCAUAUGUUGUGGAUUAUUCCACAAUACGUUGUGUUAACAGCGGGCGAAAUUAUGUUUUCGGUAACCGGCUUGGAAUUUUCAUAUUCUCAAGCUCCACUAAGCAUGAAGUCGGUAUUGCAAGCUUGUUGGUUAUUGACCACUGCCUUUGGUAACUUGAUCGUAGUUAUCGUCGAAGCAGCGGAACCAUUUGAAGAGCAAUCGAACAAUUUCUUCUUGUAUGCCGGUAUGCUGUUUGUUGAUAUGAUCGUAUUUGCGUUCAUGGCUAUGCGUUAUAAGUACGUGGCGCCUAUUGGCGAACCAAGAGAAGGUGAAGAUUUGGGCAUUGAAAAUGAUGGCUUUAGCAGUAGUAACGAAAAGAACUAAGACAAUUGAGUGAUAUGUAUUUUUUUUGUAUUUAACUAACUUUGUAUUUGACAAAACUUAUGAUAUAGAUAUUUUAUAUAGAUAUGUAAUAUUAUUCCUGAUUAUAUCUUGCGGGAUUAAAAUAUUUAUUUUAAUGUAAAAGAAUUAAAACUUUUAAAUAAUGA